AUGUCUGUCGAAACUAUUACCACCAUCUCCCCCACGACGAAUAAACCCGUUCUGACCAGAAAUGGCGUUACUUCGUUGGAACUCCAGCAGCUCCCAGAGCUGGCGACAGAAGCAUUCGAGAAGUACCGCUUGACUUCGUUAUCAGAGCGGCAGGCAAUUGUAAAGAAAGCACUGAAGCUUCUCAACGAUAAGCAGGAUGUACUGGCCAAAGAGCUCACUGAACAAAUGGGGCGGCCAAUUGCGUACACGGCGAAAGAGGUCACUACAGCGUGCAAAAGGGGAGAGUAUCUUCUUAAGGUCAGCGAGGAUGCGCUGAAGGAUACCGACGGCGAGGCGGAACAUGGGUUCAAGAGGUUCAUUCGAAAGGUGCCUGUAGGGCCGGUUCUGAUCCUGUUUGCAUGGAAUUACCCGUAUUUGAUAUUGGUGAACUCUUUGAUACCCGCCCUCCUCGCUGGGAACUCGGUCAUUUUGAAGCCGUCUCCACAAACCCCUACCAUUGUCGAGCAUAUCUCGGAGAUCUUUACCGAGGCUGGUCUGCCUCAGAACGUUAUACAGUUUUUCCAUUCUGGAUCGCCGCUCAUAAUUGAGUCAAUCGUGAGGGAUCCAAAGAUAUCGUUGAUCUGCUUCACAGGCUCUGUGGCUGGUGGUUUGAUGGUGCAGAAAGCCGCAGCGGACAGAAUCGUAAAUGUUGGUCUGGAGCUCGGUGGCAAAGACCCCGCCUACAUUAGACCUGAUGUUGAUGUCGCGUGGGCGGCAGAGGAAAUCGUUGAUGGUGCGGUUUUCAACUCUGGACAGAGCUGUUGCAGCAUAGAGCGGGUCUAUGUGCACGAACAGAUCUACGACUCUUUUAUUGAGAAUGUCCAGGCUGUCUUGAAGAAUUACAAGCUUGGUGAUCCAUUUAACAAGGACACACAUGUUGGCCCUGUUAUCUCGAAGCGAUCGAAGGAAACAAUCGAGGCCCACGUCAAGGAUGCCCUUGAUAAAGGCGCUAAAGAUGUUACCCCGAAGAACAGUUCCUUUGAAUCACCGCCGCCUGAGGGAAACUUCGUGAAGCCGACCCUUUUGAUUGACGUUGACCAUAGUAUGACGGUCAUGACCGAAGAGACCUUUGGUCCAGUCAUCCCAGUUAUGAAGGUCAAGGAUGACGCCGAGGCUAUCAAGCUGAUGAAUGACAGCGAGUUCGGCCUCACCGCAUCUAUCUGGACCAAGGAUACGGGCAGAGGGGCACAACUAGCCGACAGCGUGGAUGCAGGUACGGUGUUUGUAAACAGAUGUGACUAUCCAAGUCCGGAUCUUGCAUGGACGGGCUGGAAGAACUCGGGCAAAGGUGUAACGCUGAGCAAAUUCGGAUUCGAGCAGUUUGUCAAGCUGAAGAGCUACCACGUGAAGAACUACCCAAAAUAG